AUGAUCCCUGAGAUGCCCUCGCCAAGUUCAAUCUGGCUGCAAGAAAUUAACAAGUAUCGAGAUGCCACGAAAUACAUGCUUUUUAGCCAUGUUGACUCCUCCGGUUUCCUGAUGGGUGUUUUCGCGAACAAGGAGCCUUAUUUUCCCCACACUCCACUUCAACUUGCCUCGUCUUCCCAUGAUCCGGACUUUAGCAUUGUCGAGUCCCUACUGAACCAGGGGGCAGACGUCAAUACUCCCGCCGCGGAAUGGAACGGCCGAACUGCUCUUCAAGGCGCCAUAUCUGCUAAAAAGCUAGAUAUUGACAUUGUCAAGCUGCUUCUCGAUCGUGGUGCAAAUGUGAACGCGCCCCCGGCCCAAGUUGGCGGUGUUACCGCUUUACAAGCUGCCGCGAUUCGGGGGGAUAUACAACUCGUGAGGCUCCUACUUGCAAGGGGGGCCAAGAUAAAUGCACCGGGAGCUCCUGACGAGGGCCGCACAGCACUGGAGGGGGCAGCUGAGCAUGGCAGGAUGGAGAUGCUACGAUUCCUCCUCAGCAAGGGAGCGAUGCCAGACUUUGUCACAGGGUACUCGAGAGCUAUCGAGCUGGCUGAGAAGGAGUUGCAUCUUGGCAUUGCAAAGUUUUUGAGAGAAGAACAGCGCAAACUUCACGAGGUGGGGUGGGGUCUUGGAUCUCUUGGGUUUGAUUUGCAGUCUCUUUAG